GUCACGCAGCUGCUUCGCCCUCAGCAGACCGCCAUGUUGUUUGAGCCUCCUGCUUUGCCGUACAGAAACAAAUAUGGCGUCUUCUGCGGAUGUACACGUCCGAAUUUGUGGACAAGAAAUUAUAAAAUAUGACCUAGAAAUCAAGGCUCUGAUUCAGGACAUCAGGGAUUGCCCUGGACCUCAGUCAACCCUGUUGGAAUUGAACUCUCAGGUCAAAGAGAAGUUCAGCCAGCUGAGACUCAGAAUACAGGAUCUGGAGCAGAUGGCCAGAGAACAGGACAGAGAGACGGACAGACUGGCCAUCCAGGCAGAGACAGAGAGCCAGCGAAGACAAAUGCUGAGUAACCGGACAGCGUGGAGGAAAGCUAUCGUGGCUUGUAAACUUGCCAUAGACAACAUGGAGAAGGACGAGCUGCUGCGUGGAGGAGAAAACCAGAGCAGCAGACAGCGGAGAGCGACCAAAGAAACGCUUGCGGAAACCAGCAGCAGCAUCACAGAGAGUCUGAUGUCCAUCAGCAGGAUGAUGGCUGAGCAGGUGAACCAGAGCGAGGACACCAUCAGCACGCUGGCCACCUCCUCCAGGACGGUGCAGGAAACCAACGAGGAGUUCAGAAACAUGACGGGAACCAUCCACCUGGGGAGGAAGCUCAUCCUCAAGUACAACCGGAGGGAGCUGACGGACAAGCUGCUCAUCUUCCUGGCUCUGGCCCUCUUCCUCGCCACCGUCCUCUACAUCCUUAAGAAGCGUCUCUUCCCUUUUAUUUAA